UUCUUAAUGCAAUACACCAACCUCUGCUGCAGCCCGCCCAGGAGGAAAAACUUUCGUCUCUAUUUUGGUUGGGAAAGUUGAUGGAGUUCAGUGCUGUUUUUCCAGAAACACACCUGUACACACUCAUGCAGUGUGACACAUAGAUACAGUUCUACACAAUCAGCCUGCCUCUAAUCAGCCACAGUAAAUCCAGUCCUGUAGAUCUGCUGUUUUAAACUGAUGGUAACUGGGAUCAAGUGCCUUGCUAAGCAUACUUUAUCAAUAAGUGGUUGAAUCAAGACACUCAUACAGUAGCACAUAAAUAUUUCUUAAUGUCAACAUAUCCCAUGAAAAAACUUGAGCCAACAAUUUAGGUAAAAGUCAAUGAUUCAAGCCAUGAGUUUCAGUCAAUGAUUCAGUCAAAUCACUGCAUUUGUUUUUGUUUUUUUUUAGCUGCAUCAGUGAAUAUGUUUACAUGCACCAAAUAGUCUGGUUUUUAUUCCGAAAAAGACAAUGUUACUUCUAAGCUGUUUACAUAUUUAAUUAAAAUUAAUAUUCCACUAAUAUUACCCUUUAAAUGCAGCCAUGCAUACUCCAAUGAUGUUCCCAAACGUGAAUAUGGAAUAUGGAAAAGUAGAAGAGCCGCUUGUCAUUUUGCUUCUUUGCAUCAGAAAAGGAUUUUUUCAGUUUCCUACUGAUGGCGGACUUGUUGGCCCAUGCAAGCUCAGCCUCCCUCUUUCCUUCCUUCAGCCACCUUCUUGAAAAGCAACGGGAUCCUCAUAAACGAAGUUCAGAAGACUCAAAAGUGAUGGUAAUGCAGGAGGGCUCCACCUCCCUGUUCGGCCAGCACCUGAAGCUGCCCACACUUCCCAACAGCUCGCUGACAUCCACCUUCUCUGACCCAAAGAAGAGCAAAAGCUUCCAUGGGUCAAAGGAUGGCUCCAAAGGAAGCAGUACCACCCUUCUCACCACCGCCACAACCACCAGCACCAACAGCAGCAGCUUCUCCAAACUCCACAAACCCUCCAAGGACCACAAAGACAAGCCUCCAAAAGACUUGAAAGAGCCCAAAAGUGCCUUCAGAGACUCUGGCUGGGAACCCAGCAAAGCCCCCAAAGAACCUUCCAGGAAACCCAAAGAGAACCAGCCACUUAGAGAUACAAAUCCUAAGAUGGGCUUCAAGGAACCCAAGUCUUUGUCCAAGGAGCAUCGGACUGAGGGGAUGACCCACGGGUCAGGGCUGAACAAGCGUCUGUCCACCCCUGAUGGUGACGAUCAUGUCACCAAAAAACGUAAAAAGGGAUUUGUGGAUAUAUCAGGGAAGCAGACUUCAGGGUCAGACGCUCAACAUUUGGAUAAGAAACUCUUGAAGGAUAGAUCGCAGAUGCGAACGAGUAAACUGCGACCAGAAGGUGACGAGGCAGAGCGCAGGAAGGUGACGACACUUCCGCCAUUCCAGGAACUGGUCGACCCCAAUGACUCGGAUAUGGAGGACCAGUCCACCAAAUCAGAUUCCGAACAGCCCAGUCCAGCCAGUUCCAGCUCCAGUUCAGGCUUUGCUCCCACACACCACAAGCGACAAGUGGUGGACUUCAUCAUCAGGAAAAGGGUGGCUAUUCCUGCCACCACCCACACAGUGCUGGGCCCGCUGCAGUCAGUCAUGCAGGAUCUGCACUCAGAUGACAACGAUGAAGAUUCAGAGGACGACGAUGACAACGACAUGGACUCUGAUGUGGAGCGACCAGCACACACACAUCUCACACACCACCAACGCAGGGUCAGUUUGAGUGAUGGCAGUGAGAGUGACAGCUCCUCGCCCUCACCCCCAUCCCGCAAUGAAGCCCCGCCCCUUCUAAAGACUACUAAUAACCAGAUACUGGAAGUGAAGAGUCCCACCAAGCAGAGCAAGCAGGACAAGAACAAAAACAUAGAUUGUGACAAGGCUUACCUAGAUGAGCUGGUGGAACUGCACAAAAGACUGAUGACACUAAGAGAGGGUCACAUACUGCAGCAGAUUGUGAACCUCAUCGAAGAGACUGGACACUUCCACAUCACAAACACUACUUUUGACUUCGACCUUUGCUCCUUGGACAGAAGUACAGUAAGAAAACUCCAGAGUUACCUGGAAACCUCCGGACUGUCCUGAGUCUCUGAGCAGCUGGCUGCUGGAUCUCUGUCUCCACGUAGACUUUUGAUUUUUCUUGAAUAAACUCCAACUUUGGAUGCAAUGCAAAAGCCCCACUUUGGCUGGGUCCAGUUGCUGUGCGUCCAGCCUGCUGGUUGGACUGGGCUCUCUGAAUGAAGAGGUGGUCCCGCUGCACAAACCAGAGCCAGGUAUUGUGGGGAUGAGCCCUGUCGAUCAGGAGAUCACCCAGAAAGCCUUGAAAACUUCACUUGAUUUAUAAAAAACAAAAAACAAAAAAACAAAGUGGGGAGUGGCGACCUUGUUGCUCUUAAUGAAUGUGCAUAUUGUUACCAUGUAUGUUCCUUGAUUUGUUGUUCAUUGUGACAAAUGCAUGGUCAGCAUUGCCUUACAACAUUGUAAGUCUUAUUUAUUGAAUUUAAUUUGCAGGCGUGUGUGUGUGUGUGCGUGUGUGCGUGUGUGUGUGUGUGUGUGUAUUUGAAAAUGGCAAAAAGAAAAAAGCGCAGAAUGAGACUUUGUUGAAGCACUUCACAACAGGCAUAUCUUUGAAUCUGUGUGAGCAUUACUGAGGACUCUCGAUUUGUCACUGACUUGAAUUGAAAUCGAAUGUCAUACUGAAUAAUUUCAAUGGGAAGAAAAAACUGCCACAGGAGGUGUGAAGGUGAUAAAUUUAAAUUCCGAUCCAUAAAAGAGCAGUCUCACAGAAACACUCCUAAAUCUUGUGAGAUUCAGCCAGAGGCCUGGAGGGGAGUGGUUUGACAAAUAAGGGAUUUUUAAAAUAAAAUGGGGCUACAACUGGGUCACAACAAAGCCCAUUCCAAUCCAAAAAUUGUGGUUGUGGUGAAACUCUUAUCUAGUUACUCAGAGACACAUUUUAGUGCCCUAAAACAAAUCCCAGAUGCAAGCAAAUCCCCAAAGGAGAAGGCCGUAUCCGCCGGCUGUAUUUGCAUGUUAACAUGUAAGUUCCAUGCUGUUGGAAAAUGACUGCACACUUUCUACAAACCACAAUUAAUUUUAAGAACUUUGUGACAAAAUGAUCUAAUUGGAAUCUAAAUUUGCCUGGUUUGGGGAUAACCAACCCAGUCCCCAACAUAAAUGUUGGCAUUGUAAGUUUUUGCAAACCAGGAUUACCUUUUUACAUUUAAACAACGCUGUAGUUUAUGUGUGAUUAGGUUUAGGCACAAAACCACUUGGUUAGUGUUGGGAAAAGAUCAUGUUUUGUCUUAAAAUACACACUUUGUGGCACUGUUCCAGCAGGAAAGGCAGGAAAUUCUCAGUAAAAAAAACACUACCGCUUUUCAUGGCACUAUCCUGACAGGAAAAGCAGUAGUAUCUGGCAAAAGCCACCAUUUUUUGUGGAACUUCCCAACAGGAAAAGCCACAAUGUCUCAGCAAAAUCAGCCACUGUUUGUGCCGCUAUCCCGAAAAGAAAACCAACAUCUCGUUUAAAUCGACUUUUCGUGGCCCUAUCACAACAGCAAAAGCAGCAAUGUCUCGCUAAAAAAACAGCCACUCUUUGUGGCAUUAUCCUGGCAGGAAACACAGCGAUGUCUUGGUAAAAAACAACCACUUUCCGUGGCACCAUCCCAUCUGGAAAAGCAGUGAUGUCUCAGUAAAAUACAGCUGCUUUUCAUGCUACUAUCCUCAGUGGAAGCACAGUGGCACCUAAAAAACGCCCACGUUUGGUUUCUAAAAAACACAAUGACUCGCUGAAAAACAGGCAAUUUAGUUUGUUGGUCUCAAUCACUGGUCUGCAGCUUGACAUCCAUUUCCCCUGGUUGCCAUACCAUCCACCAUCCUCUCCACCUGCAGAUGACAAUUGGCUUGCGUCAUUGUAGAAAUGUUAAUAUGAUGCGUAUGAAACCUACAAAUGUAAUGUAUUCGUGGUUCGCAGAGACGUACACUAGCAACAUUUUCUUCCGGCAACUGGGCUGGGAUAACACACGUUUUCAAACAUCUCUCCUUGAAGGUGUUCAUGGUGUUGCACUUUCACACCUCAGCGCACCUGGCGCUGCGUGCAGUGGCUGUGAUUGCCAAAUUGGAUUGGUUUCAGAAAGAUUUCGAGGGUGUUUUAGACUGUCAGAAAAUCCAACAGGCAUGAAUUGUUCUGAGGCUUGUAGUGUGCGGGCAUCAUUCCAGCUUUGCGAGACGACAUCUGAUUUUUAAUUUAAAAAAAAACAAAAAAACUUUUCAGCUUUCAAGUCUUUGGUGAUUAGGGUUAUUGCCAUAUGUGUAUAAUUUAAAAAUAUUCUGUGUUGGCGCCCCCCAGUGGUUGUAUGAAAAAAUAACACUCUCAGUAGUAAAAACAAAAAAAAAGUCAUCAUCUCCUGCAUCAUGGAUCGGACCAUCUGCAACAAUUUUACUGGAAAUGUUACUUGUACAAACAAAAACUUGUACAGCGAGCGUCAUGUUAAAAAAAAUUCUACCCAUAGUGGCUUUAAAUCCCCACAUUUUGGUUUUGUCCUUUUACAGAAAGCUAAUGUUAAAACGUGUUUAUUUUAACAUGACUUGCAAACCCACAUGCAUAAAAUGUAUGCAUUAUAUUUACUUUAAAUUAAAGAUUGGUUUUCACGCCACCACAUCAUUUCAUCCAUGUGCAACAUCAUCUGGCAGUUUUUUAUUCCCAUAUUUGAACACUGUAUAAAGUAAGACUUGAGUGGCUGCUGGAGUGAGCUGAGCACAAAUCAAUAAGGUGAAAGUUCUCAUGAUACAAUCGAAAAUACUUUUUUUUUUUUUUAACCAAAUCCAGGAAUAAUGUGCUGCAGCAGGUCCUGCCCACCUGCUCACUGGCUGCAACGUAAAGAAAGAUUUGUUGUGUUGGCUCAUUCUCUGCUACAGGGCCGAUGGAACCUGCCAAAAGCUUCGUUAAUAGAUCCAGUUGGUUUAGGAUACUACUACUGUUUGUCUACACAAUAUGAUUGAAAUGAAAUCAUUAUCUCUCUGCCAUCGCUGGAAAUGGAUUUGUAGAAGAGACCAAGCCCUGUAAGAUGAAAUGGAGAACAAACUCCCUUUCUGAUGUAAGAAGUGAAAAAAAGAAACAGCUCCUGUGUUCUGCUUCUCUGAAAUGUGUGAAAUAUUUGGGGUAAAUUUGACAAAAAAAGACGGCCAAUGGGAAUGUUGGCUGACAGGUACUGUUACGGGUGUAAGAAAAAAAAAAAAGAUCUUUUAUUUAUUUUGUGGGUGUUUGAGUUGUUAAAUCAGAGCUCAGCAUUAAUUUUCCAAGCAGAAUGCCUUUGUUUGAUUUGUAACAGAGGACACUUUAGCCAGUCUGAUAACUAAAGUUCAGGAUGGUAAACAGCCGGGUCCUUUCCAAAUGACCUUCAAGGGUUUUUCUUACCCUGUGUUCUGUCUUAUGGUUUAUUGUGUAUUUUGAGGACAUACAAUAAAUAUUCUGUAUGUACAGAUGAGUUAUUAAGUAACUUGUGAAUGAGCACACAUUUUUAUUCUGCAUUUUGUUUUCUAUGCCUCAGCGCUGGCGAUAGCUGUAGCCGAAGGCACUGUGUUUCAGGUUGUCCAUCCAUCUGUCUCAUUAUCAUGAACGCAAUAUCUCAUGAAGGCCUUGAGGGAAUUUCUUUGAAUUUGGCACAAACGUUGGACUCAACAAUGAAGUGAUUAGAUUUUAGUGAUCAAAGGUCAAGGUCACUGUGACCUCAUCUGUCUCAUUCUUGUGAAUGCAAUAUCUAAAUAACACCAUGAGGGAAUUUCUUCAGAUUUGGCACAAACGUCCACAUGGACUCAAGAAUGAAGUGAUUAGAAUUUAGUGGUCAAAGGUUAAGGUCACUGUCUCCUCACAAAACUUGUUUUUGGCAGUAACUUAACAGUUCAUACACUAAUCAUGGGAAGGUUUCACACAAAUGCCUAAACUGAUGAAAUUUGAAGUGAUGACAUUUUAUAUCCAAAAGGUCAAAGGUCACUGUGACAUUGAUAUUUUGCAGUAACACUUUUCUGGCCGUUAUUCAAAGUCAUAACUCAGGAACAGAAAGGGAGACAUUUGGUCAGAUACUGAACUGACACUAAUCUUGGGUGUCCGCCUUGAAACUGUGCUGAUUGUAUAGAUUCUCUUUGCUGCCAGGGGGGAAGAUGUGUGUAAAGCAUCCACACUGAUUGAACUGACUGUUAAAAUGCACAACUUAAGCGGAUGACACAACUCAAAACAAAGAACUCAAGUUGAAGAAACCCAGUGAUAAUGCCAUGGUGUCACAGCUAUUGUUCCUAAGUCAAAGCUCGCUGCUCCAGCUCUUUUUCUUCUGCUUCUCCAGUUCUGUCAUUUACUACAUUUACAUGCAAAAAAAAGUUCAGAUUUUUGCCCAUAUUCCAAAAAAGACAAUGCUCCUAAGUUCUAAUAACUUUAUAUGGCUAACAAAUGU